AGUUUUGAGAGUGAAAUAUUCACAGCCAUUAAGAGACCUCCAAUUUAAUUUCUCAUCAUGCUUAUUCUGUAGUUCACAUUAAGUCCAGAGUGCUGAAGGAACUGAACAAGUGGACUCUGUAGACUUCAGAUAGCUGGCCAUGGUGUUGGCCAUGGCGUCUCACGAUGCUCAGAACUUCUUCCAGCCUUUCUCUUCCUGGAUAUCUCGGGUUUAUGAAGCUCUCCAGCAAGCAGGAGAUAUGUUAUCUGCUUCGCUGGUUAACUUCAGCAAACAAGACUCUAAACUGAGUGACAAGCUAGACCAGGACUUAGAUGAUAUUCACAUUCAGGAAACUUAUGUUGAAGAUGGAGAACAAGACAGUGAUUGGAGUCAAGAGGACACAAAUUCCUUGUUUCUUGAAGUGGAUCAUUUCUCAUGUUGUAAUAGUGAUUUGCAGGAUUCUGCCCAAAGUUCAAGCCCCAGGCUUAGCCAACAUGCAAAGGACUCAUGUUCCAUAAUGUCCCAGUGGCCCAAUCAGACCCUUGAUGACCAAAAGUCACCACAUGUGCUUUCUUCUAUUGCUGAGGAAGAACAUCACCUUGAAAAGCAAAGAAAUGGACUUCAAUACAGCUUUGACAGCCAGCUCCCUCGUACUUUAGAAAAUGUUGAUGGAAAAAAGCAAG